ACCGUCAUGUUGCUAUGGUUACAACAACACAACUGGACAAUUUGCCGCAAAUUGGACAAGAUUCGUGAGCUUGACCACAAGUAGAUAAGCUUUAAGGACAUUAAACUCAGUAUUUUUAUUUGUGAGAGCUUCAUACAUUAUUCUCUCAUUUUUUCAGACAUUAUUUUUAAGUUUGAGCUCUCUAAAGUUUUCCCUGUGCGUCCGCUAAAGUUCACCGACGUUAUUUUUUCUCGUCUCAACCAUCAUGGAGGCUGGAGAUAAGCUCAAAGAGCUGGACAUGACGGCGGAUGAAAUCGACAGGAUGACAAAAGCUUUAAAAGAUGAAAAAUUCAGAGAAAUGCUGAGCGACUACGCUGAAGAAUUAUCAGACCCAGAGAAUAAGAAAAGGUAUGAAGAGGAGCUUACACUUCUGGAGAAGGAGAGAGGAAACACGAUUGAAUUUAUCCACCCUGUGCCAUUCAGGGCUGUCAAGACGAGUCUGAACGGCAAGCAGAAAUGUUUCAUUAACAUCUGUGGCAACGAUAAAGUGGGCAAACCUGAGUGUAAAUGGGGGCUGUCGACAGCUGGCCACAAGGGGCAGAGUUGGUCUUUGCCUCAUAGUCUGCACCCAGGGAGGGAAAACACAAAUAGAAAAGGGGAAGAGAUCAUGAUUUAUGAUAUUGUUUUCCACCCUGACACUCUCCACAUAGCAGCCAAAGACAAGAGAUUCAUGGAUAUGGUGGAAAGCAUAGCCAUUGAGGGAAUACAGAAGACGUUUAAUGUUACUCUGGAUAAAAACAAUGUGAGGGUACUGAGUACGAAAUACAAAGGUACACCACAGCCCUGUGUCAUCAGAAAACCCAUACCUGGACAUAAAAUCAAGGAUCCCUCAGAGAAACCUGAUCCUCUUGCUUUUCCUUACCCAGAUGAAAAAAGACCAUCAGCAUCCAAGUCAACAAAUUUACAAACUAAAAACAAUGCUGAACUCAAAAGCUUUCAGAUCCAGCCCCAGGAAACAAAAGAACCAACCAGGCCAAAUUACACUGUAAAAUACAGAUCUUUUAUUGACCUGCAGGACUUCAGAUAUUCUAGAGACUCGGCCAGAAGCCCCAGGCCGAAGGAGAUAGUGGUUACUAUCAAUGUCCCACUGCUGAAAAAAGUCACAGAUGCUAGCCUUGAGGUAACAGAAAAAAAUCUGCUGCUUGAGUCCAAGAAACCUGCCUACAGGCUGGAUCUGCCUUUAGCCUACCCUGUAGAUGAAGAUAAGGGAGAGGCCAAGUUCAAUAAGCAGAGAGGACAGCUGACUGUCACACUGCCUGUUUUGCCUUCAGAUGAAGCUCUGAAUUUUGCUCUGGGGCAAAGUAGUGUCAGUGAUGGAGAGUUGCAGGAGGAAAGCAAGAUAGAAAAGUCAGAUGAAUGUGAGAAAGAGGAGAGGGGGGUCCAGAAAAUUGAAGAAGAAGAGAAAAAAGGAAAGGAAGAAAGCAACACAGAGGAUAAGAUUAAAGAAGUUAAUAAGAGCGAGGCAGAGGAAAACCUUCAGCAAAUGCAGCUACAUGGAAGAAAAAUGAGUGAAGAUGGAUAUGAAGAAGCCGCAGAGAAUGAGGAUUCCAGUGCAACAAGAUUUGAAUAUGAUUCUGUUAACAAAUGCAGGGAUACUUCUCCUGAAAAAGAUGAAAACCUACAUGUUGAUUCUCCUGUAACAAAAUACCAAGAUGUUUUAGUCACGGCUGAACCUUUAACCUGCAAAGUCAAAGAGGAAGAAGAACAUUUGGAGUCAACCAACCAAGUGAAGACUCCAGACAUCAAGGCGGAGAUUGAAACAACCGUGGAGACUUUGAAUAGGAGCCUAGAGGUGAGAAAAACACUUCAAAUCUUAAACUGUGAUGAAGGUAUGACUGUAUGAGAUUCAAAAAUAUUCUUCAAAACUCUAUUUUUUCGGCUGUAGGUGGACACAGAUGCUGCAUUUUUACAGAACAGCUCCAGUGAGGAACCCCAGACUACUGCUGCUUCUCUGCCCUCAAUCCCUGCAACUGAUGCGUUAGGAAAAUCAAGCGAGGGGAACACAAGCCAUGAGAUCUCCUUUUCCCCAGAGGAACUCUCCAUGGGCUCAGUGCUGCAGCAGGAAGACGAGACCAUAGAUGAGGAUGAUCUGCCAGCGGAGGGAAUCUUGCAAAAUCCAGAGCUUAAGAACAACAAGCUACCACCUGUGCUAUUGAGGGAAAUAGAUGAGGAUGGCAAUGAAAAGGUCAUCAGUGAUCAUUCAACAUCAGCUGCAUUCACUUUUGAAAACUCCUUGAUGUUUGAGCUGGACUGAGGACUUUGUGAAAUGUUCAAGAAGUUAUUAUAUUUUCAAAACUUUGCUUUCAAGCAUUUGUUUAAAACGAUGACCAAAACACAAAAUGUAUCGCCUUGGUUUCCCAGAAUAAAUGAUUGAGGAAAA